CUAAAGUAGUUUUGAUAUCUAUAAUUGAUAUACAAAUACAAGCUCAAGUAGAUUUAGAUGAAGAGCCUGAUAUUGUUAAAACAGAUAUUAUUUAUAAUGCCAAAUUAAUUGAAAAAAGAAUUCUUAAUUUUCCAAAUAUUAGUAUUCAAAUCUCAGAUGAUGGAUUCAAUUGUGGUCACAAAGUUAAACAUGUUCUAAUUACAUUUGCUAUUCUUGAUAAUAUAACAAAUAUUUACAAACCUGAAUAUCAUUAUACUCUUAUUCUUUAUCCUAUAGUGAUUGAAAGUUUUUAUCUUUUUGUUUUGGGUUUAAUGUACCAAAUUUCACCUACUUUUGUUCAUGAUGCACAAUAUCCAAAAAAGAAUAGAAAACCUCCUUUAUUUGAUAUGAUACCUCUUGAUAAUUGGAUUUUAACUGAUACUGAAAAAGAGAAGGCUACUAAAAUAAUCUCUAAAGAUUUGGCAUACUUUAAUGAACAACAAUCUACUAAUCAAUUUAUAGUAGCUAUUAG